CCCAAGUAGAGACAGAACUCGUGGCUCUAUUAGUAAAAUUAAAAAUAAAUCUAUGUAAAGCUACAAACUCUGGCCUUGAUCUUAGCCAACUUAUGGAUUUUCUCAUAUCAUCAUCGGUUCCAAGACUAAGCUAACAUCGUGCGUCAUGUACGCCACACUUGGUUGCCUGUCACUCACCACGGUCCCCUCAGAACCCCAGCUCUGGUUACCCCACUACGUUUCCAGAAGCUCCUCCGCCAGUUGGCAUUCAACUCUCCCCCAACAAGCUUACUUGUAUUAACAAAUUUGCCUAAUCUACACAAUGCCGUCCGAUCUAGAAGCUCUGCUUGAUAUGGGCUUCGACAAGGAGCGCGCAGAAAUCGCCGUCAAGAAGAGCGGCGGACUGCAAGGAGCCUUACAAUGGCUGGAGGAUAACCAGGAUAAGCCUCUGGAUGAGAUCACGGCCGCCGAGGCGGAAGCCGCAGCAGACGAUGACGAUGAGGCCGCGACAAAAGCGAAAAUUGCAGAGCUCGAAUCAGGUCAAGCCAAGUCUUUAGUGUGUAACGACUGUGGCAAGCUAUUCAAGAAUGAAGCCAUGGCAAGCUUCCACGCUUCCAAAACCGAGCACACCGACUUCUCCGAGUCAACAGAGGAGAUUGCGCCACUGACUGAAGAAGAAAAGAAGGCAAAGCUUGAGGAACUCCGAGAACGACUCAAAACCAAGCGCGAUGCCCAAGCCAUCGCAGAUAAGGAAACGGCUCGUCAAAACGAGAAAAUUCGAAUGAAGUCCACCAAAGAAACACAAGAAUUAAAGGAAGAGCUACAACGCAAAGAACAAAUUAAGGAAGCCCAGAAAAAGAAGCAAGAAAAGCUUGACGAUAUGGAAGCAAAACGACGCAUCAAGGAAAAGAUUGAAGCCGACAAAGCCGAACGGCGACGAAAGGCAGAGGAGGCCAAGGCUGCUCGCGAGGGCAAAGUGUUGGAGCAACAGGCUCCAGCAGCUGCUGCUGCCCCUCCUAAACCAAAGGCAAAUCACUCUGAAGCCCGUCUAAGACUACAAACAGAUUCGGGUAACAUUCUCAAAACACUACCGGCCGACACGACCUUGUUUGAAGUUGCCCAAAUUGUCCAGACCGAAACUGGAAAGCCUGUGACCAGCUUUGCUACAACGUUCCCCCGCAAGGUAUUCCAGGGAGACAUGGACAUGUCCAAGACUUUGAAGGAAGCUGGUAUGGUUCCAUCAUCAGUCUUGAUUGUUAAAUAACGAACAUAUGGGUUUCCAUGAUUGUACGGCGUAUAUUGGGUGUCAAGGUGUUGUAAUGGCAUACCAGAGGUGUUGAUAGACCAGAAAGGUUGUUGCAAAUGGCCAGUGAAGUGGCCCGGGGGCGUUGAGGCGCCUGGGCGUUGUUGCGGUUGUUGUUAGAGUUACACAUACAUUCACGAUUGGAAAAUCACAUAGUUCAUGGUGAAGGCUCUUUGUUUC